AUGGCUACUCUCGACCUACUCUCGUUUGAUCCUGACGGCCACCCGAUCGAGUUCGAAACGUGGCUCGAUGACCUGCGGCUGUACCUAAUGACCGAUGCUAAAGACAGCGUAUCACUGUUUGACCACGCGUUUGGCUCCUCGGUCGCUCCUUCUAACACAACUGACAGUCUCACUCACUCACAGUGGCUUAUCCGUGACACUGCUGUUCGCCUAGUUAUUCGCAACCACCUGCCGUUAGCUGAACGCGCUCACUUUGGCCAGCACAAGACCGCUAAGGCCCUGUACGACGAUGUGGUCGAUCGCUACUCUUCCCCUGCCACUGCUGCUCUCAGCCGCCUUAUCAUGCCCUACCUGUUCUCCGAGCUGUCCUCCUUUGCCACAGUUGAGGACCUCAUCACCCACCUUCGCGCUAGUGACGCUCGCUACCGUUCCGCCCUCCCAGCCAAAUUCUUAGACAAGAACCCGCCCCCAACGUACAUCAAACUAUACUUCAUAAUCACCCGCCUCCCUGACUCUCUUCGUGCGGUCAGGGACCACUUUCUCGCUCUUGACCCCACUGCCCUCACUGUCGCCGACCUCGAGAAGCACCUCUUUGCAGCUGAGACCAACAUAGUCGCUCUGAGGAGGUCGGCGCUGCUUCUGCUCCUAGUGGGAAGCGCCACAGCGGCAAGGGCAAGGGAGGUAAGAGUUGUGGAGGUGGCGGCGGGGGGGGGUGGUGGUGGAUGCGGAGGAGGCGGUGGAGGUGGCAGAGGUGGCGGUGGGAGUGGUGGCUGGAGUGGAGGCGCCGGCGGCGGCAGUAGCGGUAGCAGUGGGGGUGGUGGUGGCGAAGGUGGCGGCAGUGGGAGCGGUGGCGGUGGAGGCGGCAGCGGCGGUGGUGGCGGCAGUGGGAGCGGUGGUGGCGGUAGUGGUGGCGGUCGGGGUGGAGCCGUUCAGAGGGGAGGCUCUGGUGGUGGCCAGAGGCAGCAAUAG